AUGUCCUUCGUCGAAACGCUCCAGGCGCCCGCCGCCAUUGAAUUCCAGACUACGUGGCGCUCAACCGAUCUCUCGUCGACCGCGACUCUCAAUCUCACAGGCACUCCCCAUCUGGAUAUCGAUAACGAUACCCCUGCGAUGACACCGGAAGUGCACUGGCGCAAUGGUGUGAUGAAGCUGCACGCAUAUACGCUGGCAGGCUGCGCUGCCGGAAAUUCAGCUUAUUACGCGGUCAAAUGUAACCCGGCCCUUAUGUCCUGCGUCUGCUCGCUGGCUUGGGUGCAGGUUUCGGAUGUGCAUCGAACGGGGAGAUCUCGCAAGUCCUGUCUUUGGGAGGCGCGGCGGUUGAUCCCUCCCGCAUAUAUUCGCCAAUCCGUGCAAGGCUGUGUCUUUCAUCCGCAGCGCCGCGAAGGCCGGCGUGAACAUGAUGACCUUCGACAACGCGGACGAGCUGUACAAGGUCGCUCGCGCGCACCGAGUGCUCAGUUGGUC